AGCCCCACCAUGGCGGCGGCGGUGCGCGCCGCGGGCUGUCUGUCUGCGCUGUGCGGCGUGCCGGCGGGACAUUUAUGGUCCAGGCAGCUUUACCUACACUCCUUUCCAGCAGCUUCUGUUUUGGGGUUGAAACCUGUUCUCAACAAUGGCCCGUUGUCAUCACCGGGAAUCGGAGACCACCGUUGUUUCACCAGCUUGGCCCGCGCACUUCAGACGCAGUGCUGGAUUUCUUCUCCCAGUAACCUCAUGGGCCAGCAGUGCAGAGCCUAUAGUUUCUUCACCAAAUUGACAGCAGAUGAGCUGUGGAAAGGUGCUUUAGCAGAGACCGGUGCUGGAGCAAGAAAAGGAAGGGGCAAAAGAACUAAGAAAAAGAGAAGAAAGGAUUUGAACAGGGGUCAGAUCAUUGGAGAAGGGCGUCAUGGCUUCCUAUGGCCUGGGUUGAAUGUCCCUCUUAUGAGAAAUGGAGCCAUGCAGACCAUUUCCCGGAGAAGCAAGGAAGAGCAAGAGAAGGUGGAGGCUGAUAUAAUUCAGCAGAGAGAAGAGUGGGACCGGAAAAGGAAGAUGAAGGUUAAACGAGAACGAGGAUGGAGUGGACACACAUGGGGGGGCGUCAGUCUUGGCCCCCCUGACCCUGGUCCCGAUGGAGAAACAUAUGAGGAUUUUGAUACCAGGAUACUUGAGGUAAGAAAUGUUUUCAAUAUGACCGCAAAAGAGGGAAGAAAGAAAUCAGUCCGUGUCCUGGUUGCCGUGGGCAAUGGCAGAGGCGCUGCAGGUUUUGCCAUUGGGAAAGCCACAGAACGGAUGGACGCUUUUAGGAAAGCAAAGAACAAAGCAGUUCACUAUUUGCAUUACAUAGAACGAUACGAAGACCAUACAAUAUUCCAUGACAUUUCUUUAACGUUUAAAAGGACACAUAUCAAGAUGAAGAAACAACCCAGAGGCUACGGCCUCCGCUGUCACCGGGCCAUCAUCACCAUCUGCCGGCUCAUUGGCAUCAAAGACUUGUACGCCAAGGUCUCGGGGUCCAUCAAUAUGCUCAACCUCACCCGGGGCCUCUUCUAUGGGCUCUCCAGCCAGGAAACCCAUCAGAAGCGGGCUGAUAAGAAGAGUCUCCAUGUUGUGGAAUUCCGGAAGGAAUGUGGCCCUCUGCCCAUCGUGGUUGCCUCCCCACAGGGGGCCUUGAGAGAAGAUCCAGAGCCGGAAUAUGAUGUUCCAGACAUCAAACUGGACUGGGAAGAAAUGAAGGCUUCACAGGGAAUGAAGCGCUCUGUGUGGGCAGGUCUAAAAAGACCUGCCACCUAGGCUGCCCUUUGGCCUUACGUAGCCGCAUGUCUGAUACCGUCCACCACCUCGAGGAGACUCCAUCCUGCAUUGGAAUGCCACUUUUUUUUUUUUUUUUUUUAAGAAAAAGCCAACCGUCUUUAUUUAUAAAUAAAUAAUUGUGACUUUAAUUUCUUGAGCACAUGGUAUAUACCUGUCACUGUGAUCAGAACUUUUUUACAUGCCCUAGUUUAAGACUAUUUUAAGUAUUUAUUUAAACUAGCAAAAGUGAAUGGAUUAGGAAGACAGGGCUUAUAGUCAGACCCAAGAAAAAGCAAUAUUUGAAAUAAUUGCUAUAAUUCUAGUUAAUUUACAUUAACUGAUUCAUUCAAAAUGAAUAUUAGCUUCAUUUUACAGAGCAGUUAAGUAUUUAGUUAUAGUCACACAGCUAGAAAGUAGAGAAAAAUGGGCAAACUGUUGUUUCUGAGUCUGAAAUUCUCUUUGUAUAGUUGAUUAGUGGUUGCCUGGGUAUUGCAUUAUACAUAUACCACUUACCUCCAGUCUGCUGGUGUCUCUUUAAGUCCCUCUAACUUCUCUUAUUUGUUUUAAAAUUUCC